AUGGGUAAGCUACUUAAGAGUGAUGGUAUGAACCACAUUGAUGCGACCAUGAAGGCAGAAAUACUGAACAAGCACUUUUCGUCAGUAUUUAUCCAUGAGGGUGAUACACCGCUACCAGAACUCGGAGAAUCCCCUUACCCUGAUGCCCCGUAUGUUCAAAAUGGAGUGGAAGAAUUAUCAUCUACCUGCUCUAAGAACGUCACUCCAAUUCGAAUGGACGUAACGAACGAUGACAGUAUAAAAAGGGCGGUGGAAGAAAUCACGAACCUCUUACCUGACAAAAAGGGCCUAUGGACAGUGGUUAACAACGCGGGAGUCUUGGGAACCACAUCGGGUCCAACAUUCUGGGCGACACGGGCCGACUACGACAACGUUCUAGCCGUCAAUCUGUACGGGGUGGUACUGGUCACCAACGCCUUCAUGCCGCUCAUUAUGAAGGAGAAGGGAAGGGUGGUGAAUACGUCCAGCAUCGCCGGGAGGUUCGCUUUCGGGAACGCGCCGUAUGCUGUGUCCAAACAUGGCGUCGAGGCGUUCUCUGAUAACUUGAGGAGGGACGUAUACAAGACGGGAGUGACAGUCCACAUGUUGGAGCCCGGCUUCCACAAGACGCCCCUUUUAAGCGUUGAGGCUCAGAAGAAAAGAACUGAGCAGAAAUUGAAAACGCUGCCAGAUGUCUGGAAGAAAGACUUGCCAUCAGACAUUGCGGACAUAAGUACGCCUUGGACGUUUUUAUGCCGACGAUAA